AGUGAGUUUAACUGGGAAGACAUCGUGAGGAUGCGAUUGACUUUGGCAGUGUGAUUCAAGCAAUUGACCGGUGAAAGUUAAAGCACUCAAAAAGCAGAAUUUUUCAAAAAAGAUCGAAAUGCAAAGCAUGGACCCCUGCACGGAGUACAACGCGGGCAGCCUAGGAGGCCAUGGGAACGAUUACCAGCGGCAGCUUGCUUGGACGCUGCUGCAGCGGGCGAUGCUGGCAGGCUGUGAGUUUAGGCUCGCGUUCGAGAUGGACGACGCCGGCAAGUUUGACGACGUUGGCCUGUUUGUGAACGGCGCGUGGACGCUCAUCCAGACCAAGCACAGUCGGCUGCAAAAACAUAUAACCAAGGAAACGCUGUUUGAAGGUGGCGACGGUGACUUUGCGCUGGGGAAGUAUUUGAAGAGUUACCACAAAAUGAAAUGGAGUCAUGGGGAAGUUGGGAAAAUUAUUCUUUUUACCAAUAGAAGUUUGGACUGGUCGAAGUUUGAGGUGAAUUCGUACUUGGAAGUGAAAUUAGAUGGCAUGCUCGACUUUUCACAAGGAAAACAUCUGCAGUUGAUCAAUCAAGAGGAAAAUAUGAUGAAACUGCUCAGGGAUGAAGCAUUCAAACGUGACUUAAGUGAUAUUCGUGAGGCAAUCGUUGAUUUGUUUAGGAACGAGAAAAUGCACCAAAUACUGGAGGAGUACCACUGCUACUUAAAGGAAGUGUUUGUCAUCGAUGGACAGGACGUAUGUUUGGUGAAAGCAAAGCAACAUAAGAACCCAAUUAUUAAACAACUCUACUCAGAGUUGGAACGAAUAUUAGGAAAAGACUACUGCAAGAUUGAUGCUAAAUUAAUGGGCAAUUUUUGGUCGCUGACAGAAAAUUUAGUCAAGACAGAAAUUGAUCGCAACACUAUUGAGGAUUUCUUUUCAAAAUUAGUUCUGUCGAUUUCACAACCCAGCGUUGAGGCACUGCGAGAAGUAAUGAUCAGCGAAGGACGACGUUGGAUGCUCAGCUGGGUACGACCUGACGAUUUGGGGCGAAUGGAUGGGAGUUUUGAUAAGGUGCCGUUGGAUAUAAUUAUGAAAGAGUUUGAUAACUAUGAAAAGUCUGAAAAGGUUAUAAUUGCAAAGGGUAAAAAACAAAUUAGAAAAGAUUUUUUGGAUACUCAGAAAGGCAACGAAAUCAUGAGAAAAAUUAAAGAAAAAUUGCUAGCAGACAUACAAAUAGGUAGCCAUCGAUCGUGUGCAAGUUUUGAACAAACCGAACAUUACUACAUUAAUCGGAAAAUUUGCUUUCAAGACACUUUUGUUAAAAUGUUAGACACUGAGUUUGUUCAGCAACUUUUCGCAUCAUUCAAGAACCAGAGCUGUUUCGUUCUCACGGCUCAACCAGGCAUGGGAAAAAGUACUCUCUGGCAGUAUUUGGCAUUUCAAGCUCAACAACUUCACUCGGAUAAGGCCGUGCUCUUGGUUUACUUGAACAAUUUGUCAGGCGUUGCGCCAAGCAUUAAUACGUUGGAAGAUAUUUCAAGCUCAAACGUCUUUAAGAAUGAGCUUUCCAAUAAAAACGUUCAACUACUUGUGAACGAGAGUAAAAGCGAAAUAAUAUUAUUUCUGGAUGCUUUCGAUGAAGUUAGAACAGAAAACCGUGAAAAUACUUUGAAACUUAUUAGAGUAUUAUUACAAAAGAAAAACAUUAAAAUAAUUGUAAGUGGUAGACGACACAUCAAGAAUUAUCUCGUCGAAAGUCUCAAGGCGGUUUCGAUGGAGCUGCAAGCAUUUGACUGUGACGAGCAGAUAAUGUUUCUGAAAAAGUAUUGGAAAAAAAGUGCUACCGACCCAGCAAGAUUCAAAACAUUUGCUGAUAAAAUAGUUGCAAAAUUUCACCGCGACAUUUCCAGCAAAGAGUACGACUUUACCGGUGUUCCACUGAUGAUCAGAAUGGUGGCGGAAAUUUUCGCCGGGCCGUUUGAAAAGUAUCUCGAAUCGAACGAUGGUUUGAACUCAAUUGUACGUGGAGAGAAAAUGAGCCUGAUUGGUUUGUACGAGCAGUUUGGCCGGAAGUGUAUAAAAAUUACAAUGAACAAAAAGUACAACGUUGACAGCAAUAAAGAGCCAGAUCGGUUGUUUGACUCAACAGUGACAGCAAUAGAUUACGAUUAUCAGGUGCUUGCUGUAGAACGAUUGUUUUCAUUUGAACUAAUACCAUUCAUAGCGAACAAAAAGUAUCACGAAACAUUGCAAUCGAUCAGAGAAAGAAUCGAGGAUCAGCAGUCUCUGAUAAUCGAAGUAGUUGCUACAGAUGUACGAUUUACACACUUAUCUUUUGCCGAGUAUUAUGCAGCAAAGCAUUUGUUUGAAUUUUGUGGUUUAAAGGAGGCUCAUUUUUGCAAAAGAUACAUUUGGAGGGACCUUCAAAGGCGUAAAGUUGUGCGCAUUUUCUUUCUGGCGAUGAUUGAGUCAAACAUCGUUAUAAAUUCGAAAGACGUGGGCAAAAGUAUGGCUAAGUUGAGCCAGCAAGAUAUAAACAGGCUUAAGCUGUUGAAGGAAUGUGGCACAGAAGUUAUUUGUUGGGCUUGCAAAAGUGACUUUGAGAACAUUGUGAAAGGUUUGCACUAUUUGCAUGAUCCCUUUACCUUUGAAAAUGUGAGAAAUGGCAUGGGAAGACCCCUGCUUCGGAUAUCGUUUGAAAGUGGCGCACGAAAAGUUGACGAAUUUUUAAAAGAAAUUUUCAAACAGAGUGCGACCUGCAAGUAUCCUCUUCAUCUGGCUGUUGAAAGCAAUCGACUGGAUGUGGUGAAACAAUUAAUUGCCGGUCAGAUGGAUGUCAAUUUACUUGAUGACGAAGGAAACACUCCAAUAUUUCGAGUCAAGUCGUUCGAGAUGAUUGAUUAUUUAUUACAAAAAGGUGCAAACCUAAAUGUCGCAAAUCAAUUUCAAAGUACUAUGCUUUUUAAUAUCGUGUUUUAUGGAGAGUUUGACUCCCUACCGUUCUUAUUUGAAUUGAAAGAUUCAAAUGGGUACGAACUUUCCAAAAUAAUAAAUGUUCCAAAUGAUAUUGGGGAAACUCUUCUUCAUGUGGCUUGUCGAACCGGUAACUUGAAAAUAGUUAAGCUUCUGAUCCAAAAAGGUGCUGAUGUAAACUUAAAAAACAAAAGCUCUGAUACGCCGUUAGAUCUUGCAUUGAAAUUGUUCCACCUGGAUGUUGUGAAAUAUUUGCAUCAUGAGUGUAACGCUGUCACAAACCUUUUCAAUGCUGGAAUGUCCGAUUUUUUGUCGAACUCCGCUGGUAAAAAUUGUUUAAUCGUUCAAAUAAGUGAAAAUACAGUCAACUGUACCUGCACCGAUAUCGCAGAGACUGUUGAAGCCGAAUGCACUGUCAAAAAUGCUAUUCGAACAUGUCUCUUUGUAAACAUGGACUUCAAUUUAAGGGAUAACAAUGGCAACUCUGCACUUCACCUAGUGGCCAAAUCUGGGUGCAUCGAAGCGAUGAAGAUUCUUUGCAAAAAUAAGGUUCAAAUAAAUGGCCAAAACAUUGAAGGGAAAACUCCCCUUCAUUUUGCUGUUAAAAACGGAUCCUACCACCUUGUUGAGUUUCUGGUCUCUCAAGGGAGUGACCUUACUUUAACUGAUAAAACUGGGAACACAGUUUUACAUUCAGCGGCGAAAGUAUGCGAUGAGAAAAUGAUCAACACAUUGAUCGAAAUGUUUCGAUCGCAGUCACUGUCACUGGAUACCGAGAACUUUAAUGGGAAAAGUCCACUUUAUAUUGCAUUAAACGGAUGUAAGGAAACAACUGUAAAACUCUUACUCGAUGCAGGGGCCAACAUAAAUUCAUUGUUUAGUCUACAGUUUGAGUGCAACUUCAGAUUAAGUCAAAUAAUAGAUCUUUGGAAGUUCUCAGGUACAACCUUUCAGUGUUUACUUGAUAAAACAAACAAAUGUUUACUCAAAGACGAAAAUCUCCUUCGUUUGGCAGCUGACUUGGGAUGUGAAAAAUCAGUCAAAAUCCUCAUCGAAGCUGGAAUGAAUAUCAAUGCAAUUUUUUUUAUUGAAUCUUUACAACCUUGGCUAAAAAAUAACCCAGAUUCUUCAACUAAAACAGCACUUCACAUUGCUGCGCAACGCGGUCAUAACGAUGUGAUCAAACUGUUGAUAAACUUGAAAGCUGACGUAAACAUUCAAAACGGAAAGGGACAAUCUCCACUCCACUUUUCACCAACACCAAAAACGUACAAUUUAUUGGUUCGAGAAGGCGCCGACGAAAAUGUAACGGAUUUUGAAGGAAACACUGUUUUACACAUCGCAGCAAGGGACAAUCGCUUGGAAUUGGUUGAAUUUCUACUGAACAAAAUAUCCUCCGAUGUUGACUGUAAGAAUAGGAUAGGUCAAACUGCCUUCCAUUUUGCUUCCUAUGGUGGGCAUGAAAGGAUAGUGGAAUUGCUUAUCAGAAAAAACGCAAACAUUAAUGUGAAAGACGAUUUAGCGAAGACUGCGAUUUUCUACGCAGUUAAAAGAGAGCACUCCAGCAUGAUCCGUUGUUUGAAAAAGCAUUCAGCGGAAAUUGAUUUGAAUGAUUAUAAGGGUAUGUUGCACACAGCUGUACGUCAGUAUAAGACGGAACAAGUUGUUUCGCUACUCAUGGUCGGAGUCGAUGUCAACGAAGUCGAUGAAUAUGGUAGAACUGCCCUGCAUUGGGCCGCAUCACUUGCCCAUUCAGAAGCUGUGUUUCAAUUGGUAGCUGCCGGUGCAAAUGUCAACACCUUGGACAAGUAUGGCAAUUAUCCUUUAAAUUAUGCUGCAGUUUGCUACAAUUUGCAAGAACACAUGAUUGGAUACCUCAUAGAUUAUUCGACCAACAUUGACCAUAGAGAUAAUUUCGGAGAACCUCCCCUUCAUUCAGCAAUUAGGAAUAGUCAUUCAGAUUACCUCACAAACAUACUUAUCGCAAAGCACGCAUCCAUUUAUUCAGUAGAUCUUAACGGAAAUACACCUCUACACCAGGCAAUUUCAAGAAACAAAGACGGUGUGAUUCACCUACUCAUUGACCUUCUAGCACCACCAGAGUUGACCAGCCAAAACAAUCGGGGAGAAAUUCCACUUCAUUUGGCAGUUAGGGAAAAUAAAUUUGAACUGGUUGUAAAGCUAGUUGAAAAGGGGGCGUAUAUAGAAAUUACACAACAGAAAACUGCGCUUGAAUUGGCGCGAGACAAAAAUUACUGGGACAUUUAUGAGUAUUUAACAAAGAAAUUGGAACUACGAUACGAAGUGGAGCCGUUAAAGUAUUAGACAAUGCUAAGGUCUGCCUGAAAAAUAAAGCGAUUUCUAUUAUAACA